AUGUUAUUCGAAAUCACUUUAUUAAAACAUGUAGUGCGAUAUCACCAACUUGAUCAGCGUUUUAAAGUUAGCUGUGCAGAGGAUGGAUGUGGAGCAAUUUACACCAAAUGGAAAUCUUUUCAGCAGCAUGUUUACAGAAAACAUCCAACACUUUCAACAAUUCUUGAUGAAAGACCAUUAGUACAUGAUAAUGGACAGCAAGAACAAGAUUUUGGAGUUAGAGAUGAAUUAAAUGAUGAAGAAGGAAUGACAGAAAGAGCUGAAUAUGCUACAAUGAAGAAUCUUCAAUGGUAUGCUGCUAAAUUAAUAAUAGAUAUAAGAGAAAACUGUAAAAUUUCUCAGACAUCAAUAGAUCAGGUCAUUAACGGAAUCACUUCACUGGUAGAUGUUUAUUUAUCAAUAAUAUUGGAAGAAUGUCAAAAGAAAACAGAUCCUGUAAGUCACAUGCUUUCAAUAGACGAUGUUAACACUAUAUGUAUGGAAGAGUAUCCAUCAACUACACUCUUUUCUAUAUUACAAUCAAAAUCUACUCUUGAUAAAUUUUUAAUUGAAGAAAUGCGCAUGGUACAAGCUACAGAAGUUAAGAUUUCGUCAAAAUGGCAAUGGAAACAAAAAAAGAGGCUUUCUACAAUUUCUAGAGACUUAUGUGAAGUUACACAUUGUGCAUACAUUGUUCCUUUUCUGGAAAAUUUAACUAAUCUGUUAAUGAACGAUGAAGUUAGAUUGCAUAUAGACAAUCCUCUCGAUCAUGACCCAAGUGUAUACCGUACAGUGUUGGACGGUUCAUAUUAUCGAGAAAAUGAGUUUUUUCGUAAUAAUAAAAACUCUUUAGCAAUAUCGUUAUAUUACGAUGAUGUGGGGAUUACCAACCCUUCAGGAGCUAGUUCUAAAAAUCAGAAGUUAGCAAUGUUUUAUUGGACUCUUCUAAAUAUUAAGCCCGAGUUACGAUCUUCAAACAACACCGUUCAAUUGUAUGCCAUUGUUAAAACAAUAUAUUUGAAAGAACCGAAUGCCUUAGAAAAAAUUUUGAGACCUUUCAUCGAUGAUAUUGAAAUAUUACGAACAGAAGGUUUAAAUAUGUAUGUUAACGGAGUAAGGAAAAAUUACAAAGGCUCAUUAUUGAACAUUCUAGGAGAUACACCUGCAUCAGCUUUGAUGGCCGGUUUUAAAGAAUCUGUGGCUGCAUAUCGACCAUGUCGUUUGUGUAUGGUAACAAAAGAUGUAUUAAAACUAAAUCCUUUUGAAAAUGAGCAACUACUGCGGAAUAAAGAUUUACACAUGCAAUAUUUAAAUGAUAUCAACGAGCCAGGUAUCACGAAAGCCGCGAAAAAAUACUGGCAAUUAUCGUAUGGUAUAAAUGGUGUGAGUCCAGUUGUAAACAUACCUUACUUUGAUGUAACACAAUGUUUACCAAUAGACUGCAUGCAUAUCCUUCUUGAGGAAUUGUUGAGCAGAAUAUAA